UUUCUCUAUUGCAGCAAUUAGCCAGGGAAUGUAUAAAAGGCUUCAGGGAGACUCACUGGGCUGCAGAGAGAAGCACUCUGCUGCACAGGCAGAAGAUAGCAGAGAGGAAAAGGCAGAGGGAGGGGGCAGAGGACUCAGCCGCUCCUGGAGAACCUGGAGAAAGGACAGACAAGAGACAGGCGGGGAGGAGGAGAAGAGAAAGUAUGUUUAACACGGAGUGAAGACAGACAGACAGAAAGAAAAAACAAACAAACCCUACCCUUACAGCAUAGUUAAGAAAUUGGCAGUGCAAGAAGAAGUCAGACUGCGUUUAAAGGGACAUGAAAAGCUAAAAGAAAUUUUUACCAUCUCUGCAGGCUCUAGGUGUCUGGAAAUGAAAGUAGAGCUUCCUGUCUUUAACGGACUCUGACAGGGGUAACUGGAUUAGGGACUGGUACGCCAGGGCUUUUUGCUUUUCUUUCUUUCUUUUUCUUUCUUUUUUUUUUUUAAACCAUCUUAAAUCCUGAAAAAAAAAAUGCAUCUCGGAAUUGAAUGAAUUGAUGGGCACACUCCAACUGCUGGACUGCAGAGAGCGAACUUAGUCUUGCCAUUCCUGCUUCUUUCAAAGAAGAGACAACUUGGGCUUCCUUCUAAUUCGUUUUUUUCUCCUUCUCCCCCCACCCCCACUCCCAACCUCCCCUCCUGGUCCCCCACCUCCUCUACCACCACCUUCCUUUUGAAAAAGAGGGUGAAGGGAGAAGCAGAGCACACAGGGGCCAGGCUGAGGAGGCAGAGAAGAUGGGACUCCUCAGCGUAGACUUGCUGAUUACACUGCAGAUCCUGCCAGUCUUUUUCUCCAACUGCCUCUUCCUGGCGCUCUAUGACUCGGUCAUUCUACUCAAGCACGUGGCCCUGCUGCUCAGCCGCUCCAAGUCCACUCGCGGAGAGUGGCGACGCAUGCUGACCUCAGAGGGACUGCGCUGUGUCUGGAAGAGCUUCCUCCUAGAUGCCUACAAACAGGUUAAAUUGGGUGAAGAUGCCCCCAAUUCCAGCGUGGUGCAUGUGUCCAAUCCUGAAGCAGGUAACAGUUAUGCCUUGGAGAAGACAGCUGAUGGGGCAGAAUGCCACCUCCUUGACUUUGCCAGUGCAGAGCGCCCACUGGUGGUCAACUUUGGUUCAGCUACCUGACCACCUUUCACUAGGCAACUGCCAGCCUUCCGCCAGUUGGUGGAAGAGUUCUCAUCAGUGGCCGACUUCCUGUUGGUAUACAUUGAUGAAGCUCAUCCUUCAGAUGGCUGGGCAGUGCCUGCGGACUCCUCUCUGUCUUUUGAGGUGAAGAAACACCGGAGCCAAGAGGACCGAUGCGCAGCAGCUCACCAACUUCUGGAGCGUUUCUCCUUGCCGCCCCAGUGUCAAGUUGUGGCUGAUCGCAUGGACAAUAAUGCCAACGUAGCUUACGGGGUAGCCUUUGAACGUGUGUGCAUUGUGCAGAGACAAAAAAUUGCUUAUUUAGGGGGGAAGGGCCCCUUCAGCUACAACCUCCAAGAAGUGCGGAGUUGGCUGGAGAAGAACUUCAGCAAGAGAUGAAUUCUAGAUUAGCUGUUUAAAGGUGUGAUUGUAAUAGUCUUUAUUAUUUUUUAAAACAAAUAUGUUAAAGCAGUUGAGAACUGAACUGAAUCUACUAUUUCAACAGAAUCCCAUUGCCUCACUGAAAGACAGGGGUAUACCUGUCAGUAAACAAACCUCUGAACAUUUCAAUACAUCCUUUAGUGCACAAAUGGCAUCAGGCUAAAUAACAGCCCUGUUACCUCCCUACUGAGUGAACUG